CUCCAACGUGAUAGUGGAAAAAUCACGAGUUCUCUGUAACACACCUUUUUGUUUUUUAGCUUCCAUGAGCACACUGUCUAGCUGGUACCUGUUUGUAUCUAAAUAUAAACUAGAGGCAAAGGGAUCGAUUAGCUAGGUUGCAUUAUCUUUGGAAAUUCUUAUAUCUAUAUAUUUUUCCUCUUCCUCUUCUAUCUUCUACUGUAAUUUUAAAGGAACUUCAUCAAAAAUAAUGCAGAUCUCCAAAUCAUAUGCCUCUCAAAAUCCUGAAAGUCAUGAAUCGCAAGACAUUAUCCGCUUUGACAGAUCUCUUCAAGAACUUCGAGACCUGCGUUCUCAGCUCCACAACGCAGCCAGUCACUGUGAAACAACUUUCUUGAACACCAACCAGAAAAGAAUGGUUCUGGAAAGCACAAAGGAGUACCUCUGUAGGGCAGUUGUUGCAGUUGUUGAUCAUCUUGGAUGCGUCUCUGCUAAUCUUAACAACAGCAUUUCUAACAAUUGUGCGUUUUCGGAGGCUGAGCUUAGAAUUAAUUGCCUAAAACAACCUCUGAUAUUAAGGUCAGCAGCCAUGUGCUUCACUGUUGAGGUUGCAUGAGGGAAUUUUAAGGAUGUAUAUGCAGAAUAAUUAAGAACUAUUCGGAGUCAGGGAUCUUCCUCAUUCAAUGGAUUGGACUCAAGUGGAAGCUGAAUGCGAUAGUUAAUUUUAACAUCACUUUCACUGGUGGAAUUCUGCUCUGUGCCAUAUUUGUUAGGUUUGAUCCGAAUUACUAAUCUGGAAAAAGGUAUGAUUCAUUGGUUCAGGAUCACCGUAGUUCAAUAAUUUUUAAUAAAACAAUAUUGUAAAAAUUAAUGUUAACCUGGCUAAUUAGUUUUACCAGAGUUUAGUUAGAUAAAUUAGGUGUCUCACUAGCUAGUUAACCAAUUUUCUCUAAGUUAACGUCUUUUUUCAUCGAACUUAAAUUUAACUUAGAUCAAUUAUAAUUUUUUUAAAGUUAAUUCAUUAAAUUUAUGCUUUAAUAAAUUAGUUAUUAAAUCUAAAAAUACAUAUAAAAAAAUGAUUUUUGUGAUUUUUUAAUAUGCUAAAAUAUACAAAUAUAAUUUAUUUUUGAGAGAAUUGACCAUAUACAACUCAACACAAAUAACCACAUCAUUUCAUAAUAAAAAAUACACAUAAAACCAAAUUAAUAGUUUCCAAAAAGUCCAAAUAUUAUACAAAUGAUAAACAUUUGGCUCCAAAAUUUCACAAAUUUAGCAUUUAGUCCAAAAAAUAUUCUAAGUUUAUUAAUCGACCUUUCAAAAUGCUUAACAUAACAUGUCUAGGAGCUAUUGGAAUAAAGGCCGAAGGAGUCGUGGAACAAUGGUGGAACGUGUACCACGAGCUCCCACCAUUAUUGGUGUGUGGAUUCACGUGUCACCGCUACUGGAGGAGCGUGGGAUGGUGGAUCUUGUACUCCUCUACCCCUCUCUAUUUCUAUAUUAGUGGUGAGACAAAUGAACAUACGAGGGAGGAGAUAUACUUGAUAGAAGGUUCAGUCUUCCUUUCUCUUCUUCUUCAUUAGAUAUGUUCUUUUCUCUUUCCUUACUAGUUUUUUGUCCAUUGUCCCCUACUAUGACGAAUUGUUAUGGGUCGUCAUGAAGAUGGUGUGGUAUUGGGGUGGUCACCUUGGGUUGUUGGUUGUGUGGAAGGUUGCUGCUUGAUAGGGGUUGUUGGUGGCUUGCUGGUUUCGGUAUAGAGGCGUGUGGCUAAGACAAAUUUGGUGGUAAUGGUUCUAGUCGUUGGAUUUUCAGCAUGGUCACGUUAUGAAGGAUGCCGUUACUAGGAGGAUGAGAUGAUAUUGUUGGGAGGAGGUUGCUGGUUAGAGGUGCGUGGUUGGGUCACAAUAGAGCUGGGUCGAGAAGCGUUGGUGGGAUCUGAUGUUGCUCACGGUGGCUAGCCAUGCUGUUGUCGUCUGUGGCUGUUGGAGCUACUGGGCUGAGAGGAGGUCGCUGGUUGGCGGUGCAUUAUUGGGUUAUGGUGGAGCAGGGCUAAGGACGAUGGCACUGCUGACUUUAAUGGCAGUUAGUCGUGGGGGUUGCUAGUGGCUAGUUGAAAAGGAAGGUGGUUGCUAUGCUCUUGGAGGGUUAAGGAGAAUUAAUUAUUUGGGUGUUUUUUUUUUUUUUAAAUUUUUACCUUCUUUUCAGAAGGAUCACAUGUUUUUUGUGUAGAAUAUAUAAAGAGAAAAAUGUUUUUGACUUUUUUAA